AUGACGCCCAAGACUUUCAGUUUUCAGGGCGAUAGACGCCAGCCUCAGAUGAUCCAUCUGACAGAAGCAGGAGAGAGUCCGAACAUCCAGAAAAGAUAUAGUCUGAUCGGUGCACGUGCAGCACGUGCCGCUGUGGGGCGUCGCCAUCGGCGAGCUCGCCCGAUUCACCAGCUCCUUUUACCUUCCAAAAUCAAGGUAAACCGUGCAAUCAGUGGCGCCGAUUUCACUUUCUUCCUCGGGCAUUAUCCUCCGACGAGAAUUCCCAAUCUCCUCGACAACGGCCAGAACAUCUUCAACUCCAACUUCUCCCAGCCCGGCUACGACGCCAGGGACUUCAGUUUCCAGGGCGACGCAUACUAUGACUCCCAGUCUCAGAUGAUCCAACUGACAAGAAACGGUACGGGUCCAAGCAUCCAGAACAGCGUAGGCCGAGCGUUCCUCGCCACGCCCAUGCCGUUGUGGGAUAACGUCACCGGCGAGCUUGCCCGCUUCACCACCUCCUUCACCUUCCAAAUAAAGGUAAUCAGUGCAAACACUGGCGAUGGCUUGACAUUCUUCCUCGGGCAUUAUCCUCCGACGAGCAAACUUGAAGGCGUCGGCGGGAGCCUUGGCCUCUUCAACAAUGGCGUCGCGACUGGCGUCGUGGCGAUUGAGUUUGACACGUACUUCAACGCUGGGGUCGACAACAGCGGUAGUCACAUGGGCAUCGACGUCAACUCCAUCGUUUCCCGGGAGUACACCAACGUGGCCGUGCCAGGCAGGAACCUAACGUCCGGCCUCCCAAUGACUUGCCACAUCAGCUACGUCAACACAAGUCUUGACCUGAGGCAGUUCUUGCCUAGUGAGGUGGCCAUCGGCUUCUCGGGUGCCACCGGUGUGGCUGUCGACCUACACCAAAUAAUGUCCUGGUCAUUCAACUCCACCUUGGAACCGCCACCUGCACGGAAGAACUCCAAGUUUCCGUGGAAACUACUAGUACAAGCAACUGGACCGGUUAUCGUUUUUUUGGCGAUUGUGUUCAUCUUUGUUGGCGUCCGACGACGGCAGCUACGCACGAGAAAGAAGCAUCACAGAGCUCUCGCCAGAGGCCUUGAACAUUUUGAUUACCAUAAGCUGGCGGGUGCAACCAACAAAUUCUCACAGGAGAACAAGCUCGGGCAAGGAGGUUCCGCCUCUGUUUAUCAGCGCCAACUGACAAAUAGACAUGUGGCGAUAAAGAUAUUCACGCCAGUAGCAUCCGGCGAAGGGAGGAAGGCGUUCGAGGACGAACACAGAAUUGCGAGUGGCCUGAGGCACAAGCACCUAGUCCAAUUGAUAGGCUGGUGCUACGAUCGCAAGAGGAACCAGGUUGAGUUCAUAUGCUGGUGGUUGGACGACAGGUACACACGUCUCUUUCUUGUGUAUGAGCUUUUGCCACAAGGUAGCCUCGAUCAACACCUACACAGGGGCAAAAGUUGGUUACCAUGGUCCAAGAGGUACGAGAUUAUCCUCGACCUAGGCUCUGCACUGCAAUACCUCUACGUAGACUGUGAGCAAGGCCAACAAUGUAUCGUACACGGCGAUAUCAAGUCGAGCAACGUGCUGCUUGGGUCUUCAUACGGUGCCAAGUUGGGUGACUUCGGAUUGGCAAGGUUUGUUCUCCACGAAACUGGGUCACAGACCACAGAUGUUCUGCAAGGCACUUUUGGAUAUAUAGACCCUGUGUUCCUCAACACGAGCCAACGGAAUAGGCAGUCAGACAUAUACAAUUUCGGGAUUGUCCUACUAGAGAUGGUCUCUGGAAGGGAUCCAACAAUGUGUCUCCAUGAUAGGCCUCCAUUGUCAUCAUGGGUAAGGAGUUUGUACCAUAGGAAUUACAUCCUGGACGCCGCAGAUGAGAGGCUGAUAAGCGGCGAGUCCAAUGUCGCGUGUCAACAGAUGGAGCACACAUUACUCAUUGGGCUCUUGUGCGUGCACCCGGAUCCGAGCAUACGACCGUCCAUCACCCAUACCAUGGAAGCCCUGCGAUCGGAGGAGCUGACAUUGGACAUUGCUCCCCUAGCGCCGGUGGCACUCUCGCUUGCAUAG